AUGUCAGGGCAGCGUGUGUGUGUGGCAGACUUCGAGGAGGAAGCCAGGAAAGUUCUUCCUAAAGCUGUGUAUGACUACUACCGCUCAGGGGCUGAUGAGCAAAUCACACUGGCUGACAACGUUGCUGCCUUUAACAGCCUACCUGAAGACAGUAGUGAGGACGCCUGCAGGAGGGACAACAACUGGUAUUCUGACGACUCCAAUGACGAAUACGUGUCGGACAAAGACUACGACCACAAGUACAAGGACGAGGAGAGUGAUCAGGAUCGAGAAGGAGGAGACGAAGAAGAAGAUCGAGAAGCCGAAGAGCAGACCUUUGCGUCCAAAAACGAAAAAGUCAUCUUGGAGAUAACCAACUUGGACGAGACCAACCUGUGCGCCUAUGUGGGGCUGCUCAUCCUGGUGGUCGUGUACAGGUCCUGGGGCGAGGCAGCGGCCAGCCUGUGGGACGCGGAGAGUGGACGGGCCAUAUUCUGGGCCACGAUGCUGCUCAAGGUCCUUAUGCGUACUCGACGCUGCUGCGAUUCGACGACCGCGAGACCAGAGAGACCAGAGACGUGCCGCAGACAAAGUGGCUGCGGUCAGAGACCUGUGGGACAGGUGGGCAGAGCGGCUUCCUUGCCUGUACAACCCAGGGCCCGAGAUAACAGUGGACGAGUAGCUUGUUCCCUUCAGAGGUCGCUGUCCCUUCAGUACAUGUACAUGCCCAGCAAGCCGGCCAAGUACGGCAUCAAGUCCUGGGUUGCCUGCGACGACAAAUCUAGCUACGCCUGGAAGAUGCAAGUCUACACCGGGAGGCCCCUCCCUGCGGCAGCAGGAGGACCCGCUCCCACCUCCGAAAUGAACCUGGGCAUGUGGUCGUGCUCGACCUGACCAAGGCGCUCGCGGGUCCCCGCCACGUAACCUGCGACAACUUUUUCACCUCCUACGAGUUCGGCCAGCAGCUCCUCGAGAGGAACCUCACCAUGCCUAGAACCGCCAGGAAGAACAAGCCCGAGCUUUCGCCACCAAGGGCAGAGCGGUCUCCUCAGCAGGGGUUGUAGCCAAUUAUGUGGUCUGGUCUCUGCCACACAGACCACUGG